UCGUUAUUGUUGCCUUCAGCGGAACCUUAGUCUUGUUUAAUGUAAAUAAAGUUCAGUGUUAAUGGCUAAAAUUUAAUAGCUUUCGAUUUUUAUCCGACGUGUACGCGAUGGAAAUUAAAUUUAUCAAUAGACCUUAAUAAAACGAAACAGCGAAUGUUUGAAAAUAAAGUAAAUUACAGUCUACUACGCGCUCAUUAACCUGCUGAAAUAAAUUAUAUAUUGAGGUUAUCCAUGGACAUAUAUUAAGGUUAGAUAAACUAAAAAUAAAUCACUAAAAAAUUAAUGUUAUUACACACUGCUCCAGCCAAACCAGCCGUUUCUUUAUUUAUUUACAACGCUCUCGUACUGAACUUUUUAGCAGAACUUAAGAGCAAAAAUCUUCGUUGUACAAUUGCGUGCAUGAUUAGCUGAAAUUAGUUUAAAGUAGAGGAAAGAAAAUAAACCGGAGCCUGAAACCAAUAAAGCGUAAGUUACGACUAUGCUUGACGACACGGAUAUGUUGUGAUUAAAACCAAAAAAAGAAAAUAUGAAGAUUUGGAUAAAGUUGGUGGGAAGAUUUUGCCACAUUUGUCACAUUACCAAAAUAAAUCAUUAUUACCAAAAUUGUUAUAUUAAUAAUGCUGACGCUUAAAGCUGCGUUCACUCAAACGUGUGUGUGAGCGGAAAAGUAAAGUCAAAGAAGGAAAUUGCAACUACUAGUGGCAGUGGUUGAUGGAACGUAUGCUCAAAAAUAUUACAAACAACUGGAGGCAGCGAUAACAACAACGACAAACGCUGCAAAUUGAUUUAAACUAAUUAUGAAUGUUACCUUCGAUGGAAAUUACCAGCAACAGAAAUAACAAGAAUAACAAAUUAAGUUAAGAGAACACUUUAUAAAUUCUUAAAGCAAUGAUGAAUGCGUAGACGCAUCAGCAAAGUAAGCAUUUAGUCAUAAUUAUAACCAAAUUAUUUGAAAGUCAUAAUUAAUUAUAUAAUUACACGGUAGUGCAUAAGAGGCAAUGAAGUCGCUCUCAGACUGGCCUAAAAUUACAAUACAUAAUGCAUCAAAUAUUAUUUCCACUACAUCGCCAGCGACCUUAGACGAGUUAAACACUGCCAAAGAACAAACACAAGAUAAAUUUGCAUAUGUUACCACUAAUCAGUAUGCAACUGUAACCACCUUAGCCGUGGCAGCAAAAAAAUCUUUACAGUUAUCCCCUUCGCCGUCUGCUUUGACUGCUUUACGAUCAAACGACUUCGAGGAUUUAGUAGACGUUCCCACUAGCAGUCCGCUAAAGUCAAAAUCUGCAUUACCAGCAUUGUCGGCAUCAUCGCAGUCUCCAUUACCAUCUUUUCAACGACUACAAAAUUCGACAAGCAUCACUAAUGAUACUUUAAAAACAAUAACAUCAACACAAGCAUUUACAGCAAAAUCUUCGAAUUAUGACUACAGCUACGAUUACAGUUACAGCAACGCCUUAGACGAAGUGGACAUUUCUACUUCAUUUAACUUUCUUCAUACAAACACUAGCGGCUAUUUUAAUAUCGUAAAUACAAACAACACCGCCAACCUUGAAAACAUUACGUCUACCCUAUUCUCUACGACUGUGCUACCCCCACCUGCAAUUGGUCUUGGGAACGAUAAUUGGAUGGACCUCUUGAUUGUCAUUGUCAAAGGUUUCAUAUUCUUUUCCAUUAUACUAGCUGCCGUGUUGGGUAACGCUUUAGUAAUUAUAUCCGUGCAACGCAAUCGAAAAUUACGCGUUAUAACAAAUUACUUUGUUGUUUCACUGGCCAUGGCGGAUAUGCUGGUCGCGUUAUGCGCCAUGACAUUCAACGCAUCCGUAGAGUUAUCUGGCGGCAAAUGGAUGUUCGGACCAUUCAUGUGUAAUGUGUACAAUAGUCUUGAUGUUUACUUUUCUACAGCGAGCAUUUUGCAUUUGUGUUGCAUUUCAGUGGACAGGUAUUACGCCAUUGUCCGGCCGCUAGAAUAUCCAUUGUAUAUGACUCAUAAGACUGUAUGCUUUAUGUUGGCGAAUGUUUGGUUCCUGCCCGCCUUAAUCUCAUUUACACCAAUAUUCUUGGGUUGGUAUACGACUGUCGAACAUUUAAAGGAAAUCUCUUUGCAUCCUGAUCAAUGUUCUUUUGUGGUCAAUAAGGCUUACGCUCUGAUAUCGAGCUCUGUUAGUUUCUGGAUACCGGGUAUUGUAAUGGUCGUGAUGUAUUGGCGCAUUUACAAAGAAGCAGUACGCCAGCGAAAGGCUCUCAGUCGCACCAGUUCAAAUAUUUUGUUAAAUAGCGUUCAAAUGGGUCCGACGCCACAACCAACAAAUGUUAAUUAUCUACAUCCUAAUGAUUGUGAAUUGAAUUUGACAAUAGGGAGAGAGGAGACUCAUAGCGCGAUAAGCAAUUACGAAGAUAUUCUGCCUCAAACUGAUGAUGAUGACAAGGAUGAAUAUGAUGAACUGCGCGUUCCUUCGCCGCCACCUCGUAGAUUAAGUCGCAGCAGCAUUGAUUUACGCGAUCUUGAACAAGAACGUUACGAAAAGGUUACUCAUACUGACAGUGCACCAUCCAUGAUGACUUUACAUUACGCUGCACAACAAUCGCAGCAGCAGCAGCAGCAACAACAGUUGUUACGAAUUCCUGGUAAAGAAUCAUCUACCACCACAGUUAGUCCGCAAAUUUGGUCAGAUGCCUUGGAUAACUUACCUCCAUUAAUCACAAUGUCGGAUGGUGUAAACUCAAAGGUCUUCAAGUUAACAUCCUCACCGAGCAGUUCAGUCACAAACUCACCAUCGAGACAGGGUAUUAUGCAAACAUUAAACGGUUGUGAUAUAAAACAACACCACAUAUUUUGUGCUAGCAGUGAUGAUAGUGAAACCAACGAUUACUUUUACGACAGUGUAAGCAAAGUGAACCAGGCACCGGCAACAUUUCUGCCCAUAGCCGAGGAUAACAGGGAAUUAAAACGACUCAUCGAAGAUAACUAUUUAUUUUACAAAAGGCAAACGUUAAGCAGCACGAUGAGCGUACCUUCCAAUCAGAUGGCCAAUGGUCGAAUCGCCGCCCUAAGUGAAACAGACUUCGUAAGCUUGAAAAAUGGCAAAAAUGAUUCAAUAAAGAAAACAAUCGCAUUGAGCGAUUCUGAAUUUCUAAAAGCCUGCAAUGAACUGAAAGUCAAGAAAAAGCAACUGCAGAUUUUAAAGCAAUGUUCAGUUAAGGCAGAAAAGAGCUUUAACCUGAAAACCUUGCUAGCGAGAACCAAACGUUCCAGUGCAGAAUGUUUUUCUUUGGAGAAAAAACGCAACCAGGCGAACUCAGAGGAAAUACGUAGCAGUCGUAUGCAAUUAUUCACUCGUGUACGCAAUCGCAAGUUGUCUCAAAGUUACAAUGGACACUUGCGUGAACGCAAAGUUGAAAUCAGUUGUCGAAAGCAAAGUGAUAACGAUUCCGAAAUAUACCUACCGCCUUCCUUCAGCGAGAGUCAAGCAUCCAGCAGUCGUUACAAUACGCCUGACAUAUUAAUGGAUAUCAAUAUUGCAAACGAAUUAUCCGAAACAAUACCCAGGGAUGCUAAAAUUCUAUCUCUACCAUCGCCAUAUCAUAACGGUACAGUUCACUUAAUAGAUUUAGACGCUAAUACUAUAGAAGAGGUCGGCGCAGAUGACAUAUUGUUUGUGAAAAAUGACUCUCCCUUCGUUCCUGCCACACCUCCACCCUCCUUAUCACCAUGUUCUCUAAUUGACACCUCAAUUCCCGAAAUUUUAAAAGCAGAACCAUUAGCUCCCAUUCAAAAUUCAGAGGUUAAGGGUAAACUAAACGCUGUCGCUUCCAAUUCAGAAUUGGCUGAAAUAUUUCGUUCAUUAAGUUUUCCUAUAAGCGCAGAACAAAUAUCACAACGCAGCGAGAAGUCAUCGAAGUACGACGUAUCAGUGAACAACCAUAAAGUGGCUACAAAACAGCGCAUGAGCACUUUAAGUGAUCAAAUUCUGAUAAAUAAAAAUAGUUCCAACUUCUUAAUGUCUCCCCCUAUAACACCAAAUUUCAAUUCGACCAUUAAUCUGCCCACCAACAAAUCACCCGGAAUUCCACAAAUCCAUGCGUCGCAAAGCAAUACCGUGAAUAUAUAUUUUCUCUCACCGCCGGCUGGUGUUAGUAUAGCAAAGACACCAAUUUGUUCCAAUACUUUGUUCAACAAUCAAUUCGUCAGUGAUGCCUCGGCCACGCUAGAUGUUGUAACCGCAUUAACUAUACCCCAGCAACAGCAAACAUUAACAAAAAAAAACAUUUCUCCUAAACCGGAAAUCAUAUUAGACUCUACUUUAUCACCCACAUCAUUGCAAAGCGCUUGUGCGGGUACCGGUAGUUUUAUGGUGGGAGAAGAUAAGGACUUUUCAGCACCGUCACCGUUCAAAAGAUAUGAUAGUGUACCAGAAGCCAUAGUAACUACCAAUCUCUCUGCAAGCAGAAAACGUACAUCUUUGCUCGCUGGUUACGAAGGUAUACAAACAGUACAAAAACGUCAUGCGUCUGUGGUUACUUACGAUGUAAACGUUAUCAAUUUUUCUCAAGAUAAUAAUGGCGACAGCCACAAUUACAUACCGAUGGGACGUGUAUCCACCAGUUCAGCAAAAUUCGAUCCAGACUUUUCAAAUAAAUCAUCGUUGAAAAGACGUGGAGGCAUUUGUAUAUUUGUCGAUGAGGAAGAAAUUGAGCAAAUGAUUGAGCAGAAUACGGCUGCUGGGCAAGGUAACAAAACAAUAACAUUCAGUGCCAACACAUCGUUCAAAGGUAAAACGAAAGCGAACAAGUGCUGCUAUUGUGGUUCUGAUUUGCAAAUGCAAAUUCGUAAUGAAGGCAUCAACAACAACGAAAGCAGUAGCAAAGGAGGAGAACGUGACAAGCAAAUGGAUAGGGAACAUCGCCAGCAAUCAAAGUUAAAGAUUUUUCAUAGCAGUCGUUGGCUAAGCAAAAACCGGAAGCAAAGCUUCACUGGAUGUAAAUGUGGUGCUGCUACCGGUGGCUCAAUACGACCCAACAAGGGCUGGAAAGCUGAACAUAAAGCCGCUCGUACUUUGGGCAUUAUAAUGGGCGUAUUUCUUCUAUGUUGGCUGCCGUUUUUUCUUUGGUACGUGAUUACGUCAUUGUGCGGACCGGCUUGUCCUUGCCCGGAUGUUGUUGUCGCGGUACUCUUUUGGAUUGGUUACUUUAAUUCCACUUUAAAUCCGCUCAUUUAUGCUCAUUUCAAUCGGGAUUUUCGUGACGCUUUCCGCAAUACCUUGGAAUGUGUAUUACCCUGGUUGGAAAAACGCAACCCCUACAAUGCGUACUAUGUUUAGCAUAAGUAUUCAAGUAAAAACAUUAAAUUUCUAGUGAAUAUUAAUUAAAGAAUAACGAGAAAACGACGGCAACUAAACCUGUGUAUGAUAUGAACGGACGACGCGUUUAUUUAUGUGAAAAUCUGUAUUAUUUAAGCUAUUUAUGUGAUAAGUAUAAAAAGUGGUAAGAGAAAAAUUUGUAUAAAAUCAUUUAAGAAAUAAGAAAAACGAUCUAAAAGUAAAUUAAGUGUACGGUGGAAUGGGCGACCUAAAUUAUUAAAUGGAAAAAAGGAAACUAGUUUUUUAAAGCAGUUAAACUUUUCGGUUUUUGGUAUAGGUUUAAACACUUUAUUGACCUUGACAUUUUUUUGUUUGAUUUCAAAUAACACUAAUCCUGUAGUAA